AUGAGUGACAUCAAAUCAUACUGCAACGAAGAACUCGGUCCCUUGCCCACACAGCCUCCCAAACUCGCCUCGCACGUAUUGGACUUGUUUUCCCUCAAGGACAAAGUCGCAUCCAUCACAGGCUCAUCGGGCGGGAUAGGUUGGGCCGUAGCUGAAGCCUACGCGCAAGCAGGCGCCGACGUUGCGAUAUGGUACAACUCCCAUCCAGCAGACGACAAGGCCCAAUACUUGCGCGAGAGAUACGGCGUGAAGGCCCGUGCUUACCCUUGCAACAUUAGCGACUCCCACGAGGUGUCUCGCGUCAUCCAUCAACAAGUUGCAGAUUUCGGCAAGAUCGACGUGUUUGUCGCGAACGCAGGCGUCGCAUGGACAUAUGGCGCCGAGGUCUACGUCGAGGGCUACGAGAAAUGGGACAAGAUAAUCGCGACUGACUUGAACGGAGUCUACUAUUGUGCGCAUACCAUGGGCAAGGUUUUCCAAGCGCAAAAGACGGGCGGCUCAUUCAUCAUCACUUCGUCCAUGUCUGGCACUAUAGUCAAUGUUCCGCAGUUGCAAGCUGCGUACAACACCGCGAAAGCUGGCUGCACACACUUGGCCAAGUCCUUAGCGGUGGAAUGGGCCCCGUUUGCUAGAGUCAACUCGGUCUCUCCCGGGUAUAUCGCUACUGAAAUCUCCGAGUUUGUCCCACAGGAAAUGAAGGCCAAAUGGUGGCAGUUGACUCCCUUGGGCAGAGAGGCGUUGCCGCAGGAACUCGUGGGUGCGUAUCUAUACUUGGCUUCAAACGCAAGUACAUACACUACAGGGGCCAAUUUGGCUGUCGAUGGUGGAUACACUUUACCGUAA